GGAAACCCUCCCGUUAUCUCCUCCUGUGUGCCCGCUUUGCAUGGCUCCCGGUCGGCCGGCCGGACAAUAGACAGCCCGCCUGUCCGCUGCAGCAGCAGCAGCAGCAGCAGCUUCUCCUCCUCCACCCGGGGGAGCUUUCUGAGCGCUCCUGCCCAGGGUCCCUGCAGCACCCACCAAAUGGCUGGACACGAGUGGGACGACUGGUUCGAGCGGGAGGAAUUUAUCGGACAGAUCAGCGACAUGCGGGUGCAGAACCUGCAAGUUGAAAGAGAAGUGGUUCAGAAGAGGACCUUCACGCGAUGGAUGAACCUGCACUUAGAGAAGUGUGACCCACCCAUUGAGGUCCAUGACCUUUUCCGGGACAUACAGGAUGGACACAUCCUCAUGGCCCUGCUGGAGGAGCUGUCCGGCUGCAAGCUGCUUCAUGGAUUCAAGAAGUCCUCCCAUCGUAUUUUCAGACUCAACAAUAUCGCCAAGGUCCUGUCUUUCCUGGAGGAGAGAAACGUAAAGCUGGUCAGCAUUGAUGCAGCUGAUGUUGCUGAUGGAAACUCCUCCAUCAUCUUGGGACUCAUUUGGAACAUCAUCCUCUUCUUUCAGAUUAAGGAGUUGACUGGCAACAUCAGGAGCCAGUUCCCCUCCUCCUCCAGCCUGUCAUCCAUCCCCACCAGCUCCGACUCCGACACAUCCUUCUGCAGCACGCCUUCAGACGAGAGACAGUCGGCGUCCACGGCCAUGCGAGAACAUGGCAAGGCCAUCAAGAAGCUGCUGCAGUGGGUACAGAAGCGAACACGCAAGUUCAGUGUGGCAGUGCAGGACUUUGGGAAGAGCUGGACAAGUGGUCUGGCCUUUCUUGCUGUCAUUAAGUCCAUUGACCCCAGCCUGGUGGACAUGAGGAGGGCACUGCUGAGGACCGCCAGAGAGAAUCUGGAGGACGCCUUCAGAAUAGCCCAUUACAGCCUGGGUAUCCCACGCCUACUGGAGCCUGAGGAUGUGACCAUCAACGCACCAGAUGAGCAAUCAAUCAUGACCUAUGUGUCCCAGUUCCUGGAGCACUUUCCUGGCAUAGAGGAGCCAGAGGAGCCCUGCCAGCUGAUUGAAAGAAGUGUCUCUAUGUGCCGACUCAACUUCCGUGAGAGUGACUCUGACUACAUAAGGAAUGGCGCUCACAGAAACAGAGUGAGGGAGAGGUCCUAUAUGUUCCAGAGGGACAGUGGCCAACCCCCACCCAAAAUCUUAAUUUCUUCAGUGUCAGAGGACAGGAGCACUAUGUCACCCCCCUUCAGAGCGGCUGCAGCUCGCUCGUGGUCCAGUGAAGACUUCUUAGCAGAUUCCCCACAUAUGGGGGACAUCUCCAGCAAUGUGGCUGAAGAGCCGAAGGAAACUGCCAGUGAGGUCUUAAUCGACUCGACAGCUGACUCCCUACAACUGUCUUGCACUCAGUCGCCCACUGGCUCAUCAGUACCUGAAUCUGUUAACACUGAGUCAGUAAUUGGCGACUCAGCUAUCAGCUCACCUGACUCAUGGGUGGAUAGUGAGUUUGGCGUCAUGCCAGAGAAGUUUUGUGAGAGCCGAAGCGACAGCUCUUUGUGUGACAGUGGAACAGCCUGGGAUGUGUACCGUGCCACCCCUGUGGAGAUCUCUGCUCUUGAUGAAGGAUUUGUCCCAUCCAUAGAGGGUAGAGGUCCUGAUGAGCAGUCGAUUACUGAGUCGUCUAUAGAUGAAGGGAUUUAUUCACUGAGUUCAUUGGAGAGCACCCAGGAGAGAAUCCAAGGACAGUCAGUGAAAAAGGAAGUGGACGUAGAGAGGGGGAAAGAGGCCGACCUUGAAAAGCACAACCAGGACUUGGCACUAGAGCAGGCACCUGAUCAUAGUGAAGCUGGGAUUACAAAAGAAGAAGGCUCUAAACAGGUGGAUACAAGUCUGCUUCAAAAAGGUGCGGCAACAAGAGAGAAAGAAUCUUCUUUUGGACUGUGUGAUGGAGAGGCACUGGUCAACUCUGGUGCUGAAGUACUCCUUGAAACUGAAAAAACUAGCCACUCCCAACUCAUCUCCAACAAAGAAGAAUUAGUAAAGCAAACCAGUGUUGAAGAGAGCACUUUCAGAGAGCAGGAAGAUCUAAAGAAAGCUUUUGACUUCACUGGGGAUGCACAGGACCAUGAAGGACAAAUAAAAGGCCGAGCUGAAAGUCAGAAUGAAAGAAGUGACUCUAAGGAGCUUGAAGUGGAAACUAAAUGUCAGAAAACGGAUUCUCCUCCAGAGGAGACAAGAGGGAAGUCAAGAGAAGAGUCAGGCAUUUUAAUAGAAAGGGAUGAGGGUGUUGCAAAAACACAAGACAAAGGAAGUGAAGAAGUUCUAAGAGAUAACCUGGAUCAUCAAGAAAGCUUUAGCUCAGUGACCAACCAAGACGGAGCCUCAAAAACAAGUCUUGACCCAACCAUGAACAUGAAUAUUCCUCUCAUCUCUAUUUCCAGUGAGCCAGAAGAGCAGGACAAAGAGGGAAGAUGUGACCUAGAAAGACAUGCUGAAGAUGAGGUACAUCAGGCAGAGGCAACUGGAAGUAAGGGAAGUGACACAGAUGUUAACAGCUCUCAAAGUCCAGAUGAACUGAGCUGUGAUUCCAGUGACAAUAAUGACAAAAAGCCUGUUGACAUUACUUCUAAACCAACAACUUCAGAACAAUUACGAGGCAUAGAAAGUGGGCAUUUGGGUGAUACAGAUGAACAUGACAUGAGCAAAUCAUCAAAUGCAGAUAUAUGUGGGCCAGACACAGCAGACAACAUGGAAAGACAUGAGGCCAAACAGGAAUGUGAGCCUUGUCAGCACGAAUCUCAGACAGGUAACACUGAGAAGGACUUGAUAGCUCAGACCUCUUCUACAGAUGCUAAAUCUCAACCUGUCAUUACUGAGCAGGAAAUAGAUUUAACUGAUCAACUGGAAGGACACCAGGACAAACUGGGUUCCACCUUUUCUGACAUGGAAACAGCUACCACACAGCAGAAGACAAUGGAUCCAGUCAGCUCAAAACACAACGGUACGACAGGGACUUCAUGUUGUGAAGCAGGUACUGUGUCGAGAGACGUGGACUCGUUUUAUACAGACUUUGAUCGAAAUUCUCCCACAGGUGAUCUAGUUGGUGACCCUGUUGAACCCAUGGAUCUGUUCUAUCCUGACAAAGAGGAGCCCAUGUUUACAGAGCCACCUGAUACUGAAAUGCAGAGUUGGCCAUCUGUUUUGAGUGUAUCUGCUCUCCAGCCAGCACCAGCUUCAGAAAGUCUGCCAGAUGACCAGCCACUCAGUCUGCUGGGUGAAGAUUGGAGUGGAGUGGAUUCAAUACAAGAGAAUGACAAGGUCAUCUCUAAGACCAACCAGGAGGCUGACAAAGCAUCUGAAGCCCAGGAACACUGUUGGUUGCCCGGGGAGAAGAUAGGAGGACUCUGGGGUGGUGAUGUUUCCGCAGACGGCAGUGAUCUCAGUGAGGCUGAGCAACAGAUCUCAGGCCGCGCCACAGAAAACACAGAGCUCGUGAGGAGCGACGCUCAAAGUUGCAGCAGGCGAGACGAAAGCCAGAUCCCACCGGUUCUCCGUCAAAGAAAGGGACCUCGCUUCCCCGAGUCCACGGACAAGCAGACUGCAGCGACCAGAAAACCUGACAGUGGUGACUCUGAGGUUUGGUGGAGUGAGAGCUGGGAGCUGUAUCUGCUGCUGCUGCUGUGGCUGCUGCUCUACUGUUUCUGGCUGCUGCCACAGAUGGACCUGAAGACACUGCCCAGCCUGCUGCUGAACCUCAACCACUGAAACACACUCACACUCACACACACGCACACACACACAUAGUUACAGGAAAAGGAGAAUAUUGUCCACCAUAUAAACACCGUCACAAAGACCAACAUAUACACACAACAGACACACAUGCAGCUCAACUGCCACUCCUCUUUCCUUUUCAUUACACCGACUGUACUCCAGAUCAAGUGAAGGCAUUUAAACGAUGUGUAUUUCAAACUACUAAAGCUUUUUUUAGGUUUUUGCUUUUUAGCUUUUGAUGUGGCUUGAAGUAAUCUGUAUGACAGUGUAUCAGGACCGCUGCUGGGAAAAAAGAAGUCUGAGAUUUUGAGAAAAACAUCGCAAUACUUUGAGAAAAGGUCCUAAUCAUAUGAAAAUGAAGCCAUAAUUUUGCAAAAAACUCAUUGUGGUAGGGGAAUUAAAAGUCUGAUUUUUUUAUGAGUAAAAAGCCGUAGUGGUUUAAUUUCAAGAGUUAAGUUGUAAUAAUUUGAGAAAAAAAUCAGUAGGACAUUGUUGUACGUAGAAAAUAUAAAGCUGCAAUUUAAACAAGAAAAUGUCAGAAUAUUUCAAGAAUGAAUUAUUGAAAGAAAAAAAGCAUUCAUAUUUUAAGACUAUAUUGUAAUUGUACAUGGAGAAAUCAUGAUAUUUUGAGAGUUAAGUUGUAAAGGUACAGAAAAAAGUCAAAGGUCAUACUAUUUUGAAAAAAAAAGUCAUGGUAUAAAAAUGAAUGUUAUUCUGAGAAAUAAUACAUCACAUUAAUGAUAAUAAGCAACAUUAUGACAUAAGUCAUAACUUCUUUCUGUUAAGAUGUAUUCUCAUACAGUACAACUUUAUCUCUUAAUAUUAUCUCUUAAUAUAUAGUCAAAUUUGGAUUUUAUUUGUGUAACAUUAUAGUUUUCCUCAAAAAGGCGUCUUCCGUCUCAUAACAUUGCCGUGUGUUACUCAUGAAAUCUCUGAACGGUGGCCCUGAUACUCUGUCACAGAUGUGCUCCUGUUUUAAACACACUAUACAAGUUUGUGGUUUAUUGCUGUGCAAAGCCAACAGAGCUAACCUUGUAAGACUAUAUGACUGUACAGCACUCUGAUCUGUAGAUAGAGAUAUACACAGUGGAUAUAUUAUGGUAUUAUUGAUGCACAGUUGCCUAUCUGAAUAGCCAUUUAACCCAGAUGAAGAUGUUCAAAGUAAAACUGCGUCAGGCUGAUAGUAAUAACUGGAGAUAGUGGAGCUGAAAGAAAAAUGAAAUCAAGGAUAUAAAUGAUAGAGCCAGGCUUUUUGAGCUCAUGUACCUGUACUAUCGUAAAGAGAACUAAUCAGUCUGAAUGAAGGGGUAUUCUUGGAUCUGCUGCACUUUUGAAAACAAAUACAAAACUGCCAAAGAUAGUGCUGAAAGUGCUGAAGACAGAAAGUACACAGCUCACCGCAAGCCCGAUAAUGGAAAUCCUGUUUUUAACACGUAGAAAGUCUAGUAUAACUCUGGUACUAAAGCAUCACCCCAGCUCUAUAAUGUAUAAUAGAUGAGGCAGAAUAUGUAUUUGUAAUAUUUUAUGGCUCAUAAGAUGUAUGAAUGGAUUUUUAAAAAGUUUUAUGACAAAGAAAUGUUUUAUGCGACUGAGCUAUGCUUGAGCUUGCCCAAGCCUGCCAAUGGAAAGAGAAUGUUUUACAAUGAAAUAUCUUUCUAUAUGUUAUUUUUGAACAAUGUCUGUAAUGAAGCACUAUGACAAAGUGGAUAUCCGUCAUUUGAUCGUUCCUGCACACCAGCCGACCUGCGGGUGAAGUUUCUGUUUACUCCCAAUAUAAAUACAGCUCGUCCAUCCGCCGACUGGGGGGCAGCAAAAAAGCCAUUCAUCCCUAUAGCACAGUGUAUCAAAGUGUUUGUGUGUGUGUGUGUGUGUGUACUUUUAUCCUUGUGAGAAGUAGAGCUGUGUCCCAGUUCCAUCAUUUUUUUCUAACGGCAUUCAGAUCUAAUUUCUAGCUGUUUCCUGAGCAUCUCCAGUGUGUUUUCCAAACACAUUUCCAGUUCAUUAUUACCACAAGCCGACUGUCACCGAGUCAAACUGGAGCUUCCAAAGCGUCCACCUUACUACAGACGUAUUAUCACCAAGCAUACACAUCCAAAAAUAGGAGUUUAUAUUUGCCACUAAAAUGGACUCUGUGAGUGAUACAUGACAUUAUUGGGUUGCGACUGAUGCAUCAAUGCACGAAAGGCAUUUUAUUGUGAAAAUGUGUCAGUUGUAGGCAGUUUUAACUACUGCUGCUAAAAAUCUCCCCUCAUGGUUGACAUUGUUUCCUUUCUAUCCUUUUUGUGAAAUCUUGGACGGUUUUUGCUUUGUGGCCCUUAAAAAGCUACUUCAAAUAAUGUCACCAGUGUGGUGGAUAUGCAAGGAGCUUCAACCACACUGCAUUUUUGUCACAAGUCCAGCAACAAUGUUCAAUCCAGUGUUCAGUGUUAAUCUGAAAAGCUCCAGAAAGUUGCUCCAAAGUGGCAUAAAAUGGAAAGACUCAAAGUACAAAGUACUCCAAUUUGUACGUAAGUGCAGUUCUUUAGUAAAUGUGCCUUGUUACUUUCCACCACUGACUAAAGUAGGAAAAACAAAUCAUUUUACUAAUACUGUCAGUAAGAAUAUUUUUCAGCAUUUCAGAUCUCUUCAUUGAGUUCCCCACUAUGGUGAUAAAAUAAACAUAAUUCAGGUGGCGUCACAUUUCAAAAUGAAUGGGACAGAGCUCAGCUGUACAGAAGAAAUGUAUCCAGUCGUCACUUUAACCAAGGGCUAGUUUAGUUUAGGAUUCAGCCAGCCAUUAAAUAAUCAUUUGGAUGGUGAACGAAAGCUAUGACGAUCAUUCAGCUAUCCAGUAAACAAACCAGAAAAACAUGCUCUUUCUGAUCUGAUUUACAGUUUAGUCAGGAUUAGGAUCAGCAUACAUUGCAGAAGCAUUAAAUAACAUUUAUCACUGUAAUAGGUUUAGGCUUUAGAUAAGAUUUAGGUCUGGGUUAGAGCAAGGCUUAACUUUACAUUUAGAGUGGAACCUCUUUCAAUUAAGAUUAGAAUAUUACAUUUAGGUAGGGUUAAACUGAGGUUAUACUUGUAAAAGACUUUGUUAUAGACUUAAAUGAAGUUCAAUGGCUUUUCGUGUGGUCCAUUGGUCAUUAGUAUAAGUGUAGGGAACUCAUCAUUGUGGUUUUAACAAACAGCACCAUCCAAAUCUUCAGUCAUUCUAGGUAUUUAGCAUUAUCCUAAAUGUGACUUAAAAAUGAAGUAAUGUGCACGGCAUGACUGAACUUCAAAUGCUGUCUAAGGAACGGGGAAACUAUUGGUUUGCACUUGAUGUACCUUUGAAUUGCAAAAAUGUCAUCUCUUCAUACCGUGCCAUAAAGAGCAACUGGCAAGAUACAUUUUUUAUGAAAUUUAUACUUAACGUUGGAAAUGACUAUUUGAAAGUGACAGAACAGCAGUAAAAAUUGGACGUUUUGAGCAAAAGCUCCAAAAACACAGCACAGUUAAUACAUUCAUCAUGUGUUUUCAUGUGCUGUAAUGUUGGUGUGGUGUCAGGUUGUGGGAGAUACUGCAGUAAUGACGAAUGCACCGUUAGCCAGUACUGCAGUGUUUGUACUGAUUCUCUCCACCUGUGCUUCACCAUGACUCACUGCAACCUCAGACCUGUCCAUAGUUCAUCAGGUAGUAUAACUUUACUUGUAUAUUUAGCAUUAGCUGUGCUUAUUCUGUCGGACACAAAUUCACAGCAUUUGCAUUAGGCCAAAUUAUCCUUGAUACUGCUGCUCCAACCACUGAUUACUACUGCUCAGACUCUGGCUCCCAAGAACUGCACCAGAGCAAGAUGGCUGCGCCCAGAUCCAGGACCAGCCCUACUCUUACCCUGAUAGUCUUCCCCUAACCCUAGCCAAUCAUCACUUACCAUGCCCAAACCUAACCAAUCCAACCAACAAAGGAAACGAGUACUAACCAAUCAGAGGCAGUGUGGGGUGGGUCAUUCCUUUGCCAUCUCAGGAAAAAGUUUAGUAUUUUGCCUUCAUUUUUGUACAGCGGGAAGGGGACUGCAUCUCCACCCAGAGUGCCACAGGCCAUGUUUCUAUGGCUAUGGUUCACACAGCGUCCCAACUUUUUUGGAACAGGAGAAAACGACAAAGCAUUUUCAUGCACAGAUGAUUUUAGUCCCGAGUUUCCCAAGAUACACUGGGUAAGGUCACCAGCUGCUCCCAAAAUGCUGUGGUUGUCCUUCAGAGGUGGAGAUAGGAGUUAAGAAGAGAGGGGAGGCAGUGUAAGGUCUUCACAAGGAUACAGUCGACUGUGUGUGUGUGUGUGUGUGUGUGUGUGUGUGUGUGUCCAGUGACCAUGGCCACAAGAGCCGCCUCCACCCCAACACCACCGCCAAACACUGAAAGGACUGACCUAGUAAAAGCAUAUUAGCUUUUGUAUUGGAACCUCAAUCCUUCUAAUUGUUUCAACAACACCAGUCAAGUG